UCACACACACACACAUUUAUUCAUACACAGCCUCACCGUGGUAAACCCACAGAUUUUUAUAUGGUAGAGAGCGUGUCAUAUAGCGUGUGUUUGUGGAGAAACAGCGCCUCUGAUGAAAAAGAGCUCGAGUUUUCGUUGGUUGAAAAACCAGAGGAAAGCUGUCAUCACAGCCGUCGACAAGAAAGUACCGAAUGGCAUCCUGGAAGAGCAAGAACAACAGACGGUGGUCUUACUGCCCAGAUCCCCUUCCACAUCCAAAACAUAUCUCCCCAUUCCUGUAGACAGUUUAGAAGAAGAGUAUCGGAUACGCUCGGCCGAUGAUGGGAAACUCUUCCGGGAAGAGUACAGUUCAUUACCAGGGGGUUCGACUCAAGGAACAUGUGAAGAGGCCAAUAAAGAUGAAAACAAGGAGAAGAACAGAUAUCCAAACAUCUUACCAUAUGACCAUUCCAGAGUGAUUUUAACACCGAUCGAUGGAGUCCCAUGUUCAGAUUAUAGCAAUGCUUCUUAUAUCGAUGGUUAUACAGAUAAGAAUAAGUUCAUUGCAACACAAGGUCCGAAACAGGACACGGUUGCAGACUUCUGGAGAAUGAUAUGGGAACAGAAAUCAGCUACUAUUGUAAUGCUAACGAAUCUGAAAGAGAGAAAAGAGGAUAAGUGUCAUCAGUAUUGGCCUGAUCAGGGAUGCUGGACGUACGGUAACGUGCGUGUUGCUGUGGAAGACUUUACAGCACUGGUGGACUACACCAUACGCAAAUUCUGUGUGCAAUAUCAGGCCAGCGACGGCACUAAAACACCCCGUCUGGUCACGCAGCUUCACUUCACCAGCUGGCCUGACUUCGGCGUUCCCUUCUCUCCCAUCGGCAUGCUCAAGUUCCUGAAGAAGGUGAAGCAGGUGAACCCGUCGUACGCCGGGCCCAUCGUGGUGCACUGCAGUGCCGGUGUGGGCAGGACAGGAACGUUCAUCGUCAUCGAUGCCUUGAUUGACAUGAUGUAUGCAGAAAAGAAGGUGGACGUCUUCGGUUUCGUGUCACGAAUACGUGAGCAGAGAUCGCAGCUCAUUCAGACGGAUUUGCAGUACUCCUUCGUCUAUCAGGCUCUGCUGGAGUACUUCCUGUACGGAGACACGGAGCUGGACGUUUCUUCUCUGGAGGGUCACCUGGAUAAACUUCACAACACCAGUGUGCCGCUGGACCGUGUGGGCCUGGAGGAAGAGUUUAAGAAACUGACAAACAUGCGUAUUAUGAAGGAAAACAUGAGGACGGGCAACCUGCCUGCCAACAUGAAGAAGAACAGAGUCCUUCAGAUUAUUCCAUAUGAUUUUAACCGAGUCAUCCUUUCGAUGAAGAGAGGUCAGGAGUUCACCGAUUAUAUCAACGCAUCUUUCAUUGAUGGGUACCGGCAGAAGGACUAUUUCAUCGCCACACAGGGUCCUCUGGCGCACACAGUGGAUGAUUUCUGGAGGAUGGUUUGGGAAUGGAAAUGUCACUCAAUCGUGAUGCUGACAGAACUGCAGGAGAGAGAUCAGGACAAGUGUUUUCAGUACUGGCCUACUGAGGACUCGGUGACUUACGGAGACUUCACAGUGGAGAUUAAAGGAGACACGCUGUGUGACACGUUCAUUCUCAGAGAUCUGCAGCUCACACACGGCCCGGAGAAGCAGACACGUUUGGUUCGGCACUUUCAUUUCCACGGCUGGCCAGAGAUCGGGAUCCCAGCCGAAGGUAAAGGGAUGAUCGACAUCAUCGCAGCGGUGCAGAAACAGCAGCAGCAGUCGGGCAACAACCCCAUCGUCGUGCACUGCAGUGCCGGAGCGGGUCGGACCGGUACGUUUAUCGCUCUCAGUAAUAUUCUGGAGCGAGUGAAAGCCGAGGGUUUGCUGGAUGUGUUUCAGACUGUGAAGAGUUUACGAAUGCAGCGGCCACACAUGGUGCAGACAGUGGAACAGUAUGACUUCUGCUACAGAGUGGUACAGGACUUUGUGGACAUUUUCUCAGACUAUGCCAAUUUCAAAUGAUCUAAUCUGCCUUAAAUGUUUGAGUUUGAUGCUUUUUUACACGUCAGUCGAUCAGGAUUUUACACCGCGACUGGAAGAUAAUUACGCUCUAUUUUGCUAUGCACUUCUCCUCGAUGUUACUAA